AUGGAGCUCCUGGGAGGAGCCACUGUUGUCCUCCUGGUUUGCAUUGCCUGCCUGCUCUCCUUUGCAGCAUGGAAAGGAAGGUCUGGGAAGGGGAAGAUGCCUCCAGGACCAACUCCCCUUCCCAUUCUAGGCAACCUGCUGCAGGUGAAACCAAGUAACUUGGCCAAAACCCUCCAGAAGCUCAGUGAAGAGUAUGGACCCGUGUUCACAGUGCACCUGGGCUCUGACCCAGUGGUGGUGCUGCAUGGAUACGAUGUGGUGAAAGAAGCUUUGGUUGAUCGCGCAGACGAGUUUGCUUCCAGGGGACACAUGCCAAUUGGAGACAGGGCUAACAAUGGAUUAGGGAUUAUUUUUAGCAACAAUGAGCUAUGGUUACAAGUCCGGCGGUUUUCUCUCACCACUCUGCGGAACUUUGGAAUGGGGAAGAGGAGCAUUGAAGAGAGGAUACAGGAGGAAUCUGACUACUUGCUUGAAGAGAUCAACAAAACAAAGGGAAGAGCUUUUGACCCAACCUUCAUGCUGAGCUGUUCUGUCUCCAAUGUCAUAUGCUCCAUUGUCUUUGGGAAACGAUAUGAUUAUAAAGACAAGAAGUUCCUGGCUCUGAUGGACAACAUGAACAACAUCUUUGAGAUGAUGAACUCCCGCUGGGGACAGCUCUACCAGAUGUUCUCAAAUAUCAUGGAUUACCUGCCUGGCCCACACAACAAUAUAUUUGGAGAAUUUGAUGCUCUAAAAGCAUUUGUAGCAGAGGAGGUAAAGCUGCACCAAGCCUCCCUAGAUCCCAACUCCCCUCAGGAUUUCAUCGAUUGUUUCCUCAGCAAAAUGCAGGAGGAGAAAGAUCAUCCCAAUUCCAGUUUCCACAUGAAGAACCUGAUAACAAGUGCUUUCGACUUGUUCAUUGCUGGAACUGAGACAACAAGCACCACUGUACGAUAUGGGCUUCUGCUUCUUCUCAAAUAUCCAAAGAUACAAGAGAAAAUUCAAGAAGAGAUUGACCAGGUAGUAGGACGAUCAAGAAAACCCUGUGUGGCUGACCGGUCCCAGAUGCCCUACACAGAUGCCGUGGUCCAUGAAAUCCAGCGCUUCAUCUCUCUUGUCCCCCUGGCUCUCCCUCACACUGUGACCAAAGACACCAGCUUCCGAGACUACGUCAUUCCUAAGGGCACUACAAUUUUUCCAGUCCUCAAUUCUGUCCUCCAUGACAGUAAAGCGUUUCCAAACCCACAUGAGUUCAAUCCUGAACAUUUCUUGAAUAAGAAUGGCAGCUUUAAGAAGAGUGAAUUCUUCAUGCCCUUCUCAGCAGGAAAACGAAUAUGCCCAGGAGAGGGCCUGGCACGAAUGGAGAUAUUCUUACUCAUAGCCACCAUCUUGCAGAACUUUACUUUGAAGUCUGUUGUCAACGCCCAGGAGCUCAACAUUACCCCGACUCUGAGUGGGACAGGCAAUGUACCUCCUGCCUACCAGCUCUGUGCUGUCCCCCGCUGA